AUGUCUUCUAGUGGGCCUCCAACCAUCCAGUUCCAACCUCCCGGUUCAGAUGACCUGGCCUUCUGGGAGAGGGUUGCUGCCGAGUUUCGAAACAGAUUUGGCAACAUGACGUCCACAGCGUCUACUGCCACGCCGUUUCGGCAUGCCUUCGAGCAACGCGUCGUGGACAUGUCCAUGCCAAAAAGUGAUAUCAAUGCCUUGAUAUUAGACUACCUCACCAUGGAGGGGUACCCUCAAGCAGCUGCCAACUUUUCUAAGGAGGCAAAUCUGCAGCCCAUGCAAGAGGACCCUGCUAUCAGAGCCCGUCAGGAAAUCAGGAGUUUGAUCCACCAAGGACACAUCCAGGACGCCAUCGAGUCUCUCAAUGACCUUGACCCAGAGAUCCUGGACCAAGAUGCCCACCUGCAUUUUGCGCUGCUCAGGCUCCAGCUUGUAGAGCUGAUUCGCAACAGUAGCGAUGGUGACAAGAAUGUGAUGACUGCUAUUCAGUUUGCGCGCGAUCAGCUUGGUCCUAGGGCUUCGCGACAACCUGCUUUCCUGAAGCCGCUUGAAAACACUAUGGCCAUCCUGCUGUAUCCCCGAGACAGCUUGAAGCCCGAACAGGCGGCCAUCAUGCAUCCUAAUUUGCGGAGGGAGGUCUCCGAUAUGGUCAACAAGGCCAUCCUGCAUCGUCAGACGCAACGGCGCGAGGCUGCCAUUCGGCACCUUGUGAAAAUUCGUGCCUGGGCCGAGGAGUCGGCGCGGAGCUCUAGGAAGAACCUACCCGACCGGAUAGAGCUCGGGUUGAACGGCGAGGACAGCUCCCAUGAGAAUGGAUCCGAACCCAUGGUUACGAACUAG